AUGGCAACUCUUUUGAAGAAACCGCUCAAGCUUGCUUUGGUGCAAUUAGCAUCCGGUGCUGAUAAGGCCGUUAACCUUGCCAAUGCGCGAUCAAAAGUCCUUGAAGCUUCCAAGGCAGGUGCUUCACUUAUCCUAUUGCCUGAGUGCUUCAAUUCUCCUUAUGGCACGCAGUUCUUCCCUAAGUAUGCCGAAACGCUGCAUCCAUCCCCUCCCACAGCGGAACAGUCACCCUCAUUUCAUGCACUUUCAUCCAUUGCAGCGGAAGCAAAGGCCUAUUUAGUAGGCGGUAGCAUUCCAGAAUUUGUCCCUGAGACCAAGAAAUAUUACAAUACCUCGUUGGUAUUCUCACCAACCGGCGCACUCAUAGGAACCCACCGCAAAGUGCAUCUUUUCGACAUUGACAUCCCAGGCAAAAUAAAAUUUACGGAGAGUGAUAUUCUUUCGGCGGGAAACAAAAUUACCAUCAUUGAGUUGCCAGAGUAUGGCAAAAUCGGGUUGGCUAUCUGCUACGAUAUUCGAUUUCCGGAACCCGCCAUGAUAGCCGCAAGGAAAGGGUGCUUUCUCCUCGCAUAUCCUGCCGCCUUUAAUCUUAUUACUGGUCCAAUGCACUGGGAACUUUUGUGUCGUGCGAGAGCAGUGGAUAAUGAGAUUUAUACUGCUUUAUGUAGCCCUUCACGCGACAUGAGUGCUACGUAUCACGCCUGGGGACAUAGCCUGAUCGUAAACCCGAAGGGUGAAGUUCUUGUCGAAGCCGGGGAGUCGGAAGAUAUUGUAUAUGCGGAUUUGGAUCAAAAUGUCCUUGAUGACAUGAGGAAGUCGAUCCCGGUUUACAACCAACGAAGGUUCGACAUCUAUCCUGAUGUCAGUAAAGGGGAUGUAAAAUUCGAGGAAUAG